AUGGCCUUGCUGAGGUUCACCCUCGCCCCUUCCUCUGCCGCCACCCCCUAUAGUGUCACUACUGCCAGCCUCACAGCAGUCACACUCACCCCUCCUGCUGCUGCCCCUGAUGCUUCACCCUCUGGUACCACUAUCUCUGGAGCCACUGCCCUCUCCCAGGCCUCCCUUGCUGCUCCCUCUGCACAUGUAACGACCCACGCCUUCAUGCAAGCAGACUCAGACUCAGACUCUAUUAGUGAAUUCAUCCCCACGCCUGCUGUGACUUCCUGUGGAGCAGCAGAGGGCGCUGGGAGCAAGGACGGCACCAGUCAUCCUCCUCCUCCUGCGUCCCCUACUCAUUCUCCUGGGGCUCACUUGUCUCUGCCGUCGCCUGCGUCUCCUUCCUCCCAUUCCUUCCUCCACCGAGCAUCACUCCUUAGGAUACCCGACCUCAGCCGGCUCACCGCACUUGCUGCUGUCAAAUCCGGUCCUGAUGCUGACGAUGGCUUCGUCUGGCGCAAGUACGGGCAGAAGCUCAUCCGAGCAUGCGCACGGCCCAGGCUGUACUUUCGCUGCGGGCAGCCCGGCUGCCCGGCAAGGAAAACCGAGGAUCGGGCAGCAGACGGGAAGGUUCUGGGAAGGACGUACCUUGCAAGUCCAGAUGGCAGCAGCGGGUUGGUCGUUGGAAAGGCAGAGCACAAGAGGAAGGGGUCGUCGUCGUGUGGAGGAGCAAGCGGAGGAGAGGAGGGGGGCUUUCAUGCUUGGGCACGCUGCAAGUAUGAUGCAUCAACUUCAGUCAAGCAGCACCGUACCACUUCCGGCCCAACCAGCCCAUCUCAAAGGACCCCUACCAAUUCAAGCAGUUCAGCAGGUGUUCCUUCAGGUGUUUCUUCAGGUGCUGCACCAGGCAGCCCGUCAGGUGUGCGCAUGGUGUGUGCGCAGCAGGUGGUGGAGGAGCCCAGGGUAGUGGUGAGGGUGCGCGGUGAUGCUGACAUGGUGGACGAUGGUUACCACUGGCGCAAGUAUGGGCACAAGCUUGUUGGGGGUAACACCUUCCCCAGGAGCUACUAUCGGUGCACGAGUGGGGACUGCAGAGUGCGCAAGCAGGUUGAGCGCUCCAAGCAGGACCCAUCCACGGUGGUAACCACCUAUGAGGGCCGGCACAACCACUCGGCCCCUGGGCCCAUUCUGUGCCUCCCCCAGUCGCUGUAG